AUGUCCCGGUCUUGGACUCCGGUGUUGGUGGCGGGCGUCUCCGCCGGCGCUGUGAGCGCUUGGCUGUUCUGGCGCCACACGAGGGCUCUCAAGGCGCUUGACAUCCAGGCGCAGCCGGCAGAGCCUCAGCCGCCAAAGCCUCAGCCGCAGCCGAACCCACAGCAGCCACAGGAGGAAGACCCCGUAAAAGCAGCCGUGGAGCCUCUGCAGCAGCCCGAACUUGAGAUCGACUUCUGCGUGGAGGGGGAGCUGCAGCAGUGUGAGCACGUGCUGGGGGUUGUACAAUGCCUGCGCGCGGAAGGCACCAAGAACGUGUCGCUGGACGCCGCCCUCAGCGCCUUGCAAGAGCUCGUUCCAAAAUACGCAGCCAAGCUGAAGGAGAAGCGCUGGCUGGCCUCGAAAGGCACAGCGCUCUUGGAAAGUACCUCUGAAGCUCUUCAACUACUUUUGUUAGCAGAUGACGAGCAGAACUUGGAGACUGCAGCAAAGACCGGCCGAGAUAUACCAGAAGUCGUUUUUGCUGCACAGGCUUUGAACAAGAUCCUCAAUUCUGGGGGCUGCUGCGGAGGUGGGGGAGGAGGCUGCAAGAGCGGCGGUUGCGGCGAAAAGAGCGGUGGAGGUGGUUGCGGGAGCAAGAGCGGCGACGAAAAGAGCGGUGGAGGCUGCUGCGGCGGCAAGAGCGGCGGCUGUGGGAGCAAAAGCGCCGAAGGUCCUGCCACCGGUGGAAGCUGCAGCGACAAGCGAAGUGGCUGUGGUGGCUGCAGCAAGCAAGGUGGUUGCAACGAGAAAUCAGAAGCCCCAGAGACGCGCGUGAGCACUGAUGGUGCAGUCCGUCUUGCCGCGUGA